AUUGUUUUAGUUGAACCAAUGGAGACAGCACUAGAUGGGGAGCAGCAAAAAGCCACCAUAUUCAGCAGAGAAAACCCUCUCUAUGACCUUGACAUGAAACUUAACAACAUAGGGCACUAUGAAUUUCAGUCCAGUGAUUUGAAGCCUACAAAGUCAGCAGAAAGGGUGCGCUGUCUUCCACUGAUUGUUAUAUUUCUGCUCCUGCUUAUAGGAUUAAAUACUUUCCUGGCUUACAAAGUAUUUACUCUGGAGGCCAUGUUUAACUCUCAAAUUGGAGAUGCAGAGCAUGCUGAGUUUCAUUUUGGUAAUGCCCCUCUUGAUCAGGAAUGCAUGUCCAGCCUGUGCAGGGGUGAAGAAGGACUGGAGUCAAUGAAGACUCAGAUCAACACGAUCAAUUCCAGUGCUGACUUGCUACAGCGCCAGCUGAACAGCAUCAGCAUGGAGAGAGCCCUUCCUGGACCUCCUGGACCUCCUGGACCUCCUGGACCAGCAGGCCUGGCUGGGUCUAUUGGUCCUCCGGGUGCCAAAGGUCCAGAUGGACGGCCAGGAGAACCAGGACCUAAAGGAGACCCUGGCUCACCAGGUCAAGCAGGUGAGGCCGGAGCCCAAGGCCCCAAGGGAGAGCAAGGGGAGAAGGGUGCUCCAGGUGUAGCAGGGCCACAGGGCAUCACAGGUGUGACAGGUAUCCCUGGUCAGAAAGGUGAGCCAGGACAAAAUGGAGUACACGGUUUCCCUGGCCCUAUUGGUGCUCCUGGAAAAGCUGGUCUUUCUGGGAUACCAGGGCCAAAAGGAUCUCCGGGCCCUCCAGGACUACAAGGGCCGCCUGGUUUACAAGGCCCACCUGGCCCUGCAGGGCAUCAAGGACCUCCUGGAACAAGUGGCCCAUUGGGGCAGCAGGGACCACCCGGAGAGAAAGGCUCGGCAGGACAGAAGGGAGACAAAGGCAUAGAGUCUGCAGGUCGUUCAGGUCUUCCAGGACCGAAGGGAGACAGAGGGAUACCAGGACUUCCUGGGGCACCUGGACCUAAAGGGGAGCAAGGCACUAAGGGAAGCACUGGAUCUCGUGGUUUUCCAGGACCAAAGGGUGAUCCAGGUCCAAGGGGUGCGCAGGGAGGGAAAGGAGCACUUGGACUUCAAGGCCCUAAAGGAGAUAAGGGAGAGCGCGGCCCACAAUUUACACAGGUGCGCUUGGUUGGCAGUUCGAAUAGGGGCAGAGUGGAAGUAUUUCACAACGGAGCGUGGGGUACAGUGUGUGAUGACAGCUUUGACACUCUUGAUGCUACAGUGGUGUGUAAGAUGCUGUCCUUCCAGAGAGCUACAUUGGUCUUCACAGCAACAGCAGGAUCGGGUCACAUUGUUCUGGAUGACCUGAAGUGUACAGGAACAGAGAGGAGCAUCUUUGAUUGUCCACAUGGUGGUAUAGGAGUUCACAACUGCGGUCACAAUGAAGACGUUGGAGUGAGCUGUGCUUGAAUACAGUAACACACAUCAAUGUAUGCAGCAUUAUGAAACAAACCCCCUUAAGAAUAUAUACAUUAUAUGAAAACACACACACAUAACACAACAGUUACACCAGAAUGAAUGCAUUAAGAGAAAAUAUUUAAGAUGACGUUUGUAAGUAAAUAAAAUGAUUAUCAUUA